GACCCUCAACAGCCACCAUGCAGCGCAGUGAUCCCUGGACAGAUUUUCUGAAGGUCAAAAAGGGCAGUCAAGCUGUAGGGAAAAGGUGAAGGUAGACUUUAAGUAUCCUCCAAGGGACUGCUUUGGCCGACACUAUGAAACGAAGACAAAAGAGGAAACAUCUGGAAAUUGAAGAGUCCCAGGAAGAUGACGAGAAGGCAGAAGAAAUUUCAAAAUCACAAGACGAUGUCCCUCAGCCUGAAUCUACUGGAGUGGCUGAAGCCCAGAACCCAGGGGUAGGAGAGGUCUCCUCUGCCUCCAAAUACUUCUCCUGUGUUUCUUCUCCACCUAAGCUCAUCCAUCGUAGUAAUGGAACCCAGAAAUUACAAGCCAGUUCCAAGCCUGGAUCAUCACGAGUCCAGGUUGCAGAAGGAGAGACACAACCUGUCUCCUCAUCCUGUCCUUCAUAUAAGACUUGUGUGUUCUCUCCGUGUAUGAACAAACACGAAAGGAUGAAAGUAUACUACAUGCGGGUGCACGUGAUAAAAGGUGUGGCUAUCUCCUGGGACACAAGCGAAACCUCAGAGUCCCUAGAAAAGCAUCCAAGGAUGGAAGAAGCCACCCUUCCUGAGAGUGUGUGGGUAGGUGCUCCAUCCUCUGAUGUGUCCACCAGAAACCUCCUGUCGGACAGUGAACAAACCGGCGAAGAGAAAGAACACGAAGAAAGGCUAGAGUUAGAUAGCCCGCCAGAGUCACCCAUGGUUGAAGAGAGACCCAGGGCCAAGACACCUGACUCACUGGUGACCAUCGAGAAUGGCUACAAGUGCAUGGCCUGCUGCCGAGUCUAUUCUACCUUAGAUUGCCUCCAACAGCAUGUGCAGAAUGGGUUCUUGGAGGGCUUCAGCUGCCACGUCUUCCAUCUCGUUAUGUCCCAGAUAAUUGACAAUGUGAAUUCAGGGCACGCCCGGCAGCAACAACCGGACGACAACGAGAAGGAAGAGGAACACAGGGAUGAGAAGGCUGAGGAGCAACAGCCCACCGAGGAAGACGGUGCGAAGAAACCCUGGAGUCAGUGUCCAGGCUGUAUGUUUGAUUCUCCAAAAGGACAGAAAAGAAGAAGAGAUGGCCAUCAAGAGAGCAGUGGAAGUGGACGGAAUGCUGUUAGCAUAAAGGAAGAUGAAAGAGCCAACUCUCAGUCGAACACAUAA